AUGGUUCUGCCAGACAACGGCGUCGUCCUGCCCCCGGUGCGCGCUACGAUGGCAUGGGUGUUGUUCGGUGUGGGCUUUGCGCUCUUGUUCUAUGGUAUCAUGAUAUGCCAGGCGUAUUGGUACUUCCAGACGUACCGCAAGGACCCCAUGGACCUGAAGGCCGUAGUCGCUGCGAUCAUGGUCGCGAACGCCAUAGACGUUGGUCUCAUAUUGCAUGCUUGCUACUACUACGCCGUUGGGAACUACGGGGUCUCAGACGCUUUCGGUGGCCUAUCUCCCUCGCUCACGCUCAUGCCUAUCUCAAUUUACCUGUGUAUCAUAUUGUGCCAAUAUGUCUAUAUCCGCCGAACCUACCUAUGUGAGACAUUCGAGGCAUCAUUUCGUCGUGCGGAUACUGAUGAGAUUAUCCAAGUCCUGCCUUCAGAAUGGCAGUGGGUAUUCCUCGUGUUAGCGGCUAUCGUCAUGACGACUGCCACAGCUUUCAUCAUAAUAUUGACAGUGCAGUUGGUCAUGCAACCAACCUUCGCGCAAUGGCUGAGAUUGAAGUGGCUCGUAUCCGUGGCGUUUGGCUGUUCUGUCCUAGGAGACUUGGCUUUAGCCGGUAUUUUGAGCUUGUCCCUCCAUGCUAGCCGGACUGGCGUGAAGCAAACUAACGUUCUCCUCAAUACGAUCAUCUUCAAUGCGUUCAGUACGGGCAUUGUCACCAGUAUUCUGAGCAUCGCGUGCUUACUGAUCGCGGUAUUUGAAGGCAAGAAUGUCGUGAUCAUUCCACUUGCCCAAGCAGCCGCCACAGUCUAUGCAAACGCAACGCUCGUCACGCUGAACCUCCGACGCGGCUUGUCCGAGAAGCUCAAUGCGCCGGGAGGAGAGAGCGACGUGAUCAGCCUCAAUCUUUUUCAGUCCUGG